AUGAUGAUGUUUUUCGUUCUCCUCUUCCUGCUCUCACACGCUGUCACCAUCGCUGAAAGUCGCGCGAUUCAUUUGUCCUCCUCCUCUUCCUCCUCGACGAUUCAGACGACGGCGACGGAACCACCAUUAAAACGGCAACCAAAACCGAGCAGAGAACGACGACGACGACGACGAGGAAUGCUUUUAACGAGAUUUCAUCAAGAAGAAGAAAACAAAUACGUCUCGCGGUGCGAGGAGAGGUGGAUUCAACAGCCGCUCUCGCACUUCUCUUGGAACAGCGAGGAGGAGGAGGAACGAGGAGGAGAAGGAGGAGGAGAGUUUAAGACGAGAUAUUUCGUGUGUUCUGAAUUUUAUCGAAAGGAUUCGCCCAUUUUCUUAUACACUGGAAACGAGGCGAACGUGGAAAGUUACUUGGAAAAUACGGGUUUGAUGUGGGAAAACGCGGAACAUUUUAACGCGUUGUUAGUGUUCGCGGAGCAUCGAUAUUACGGGAAAUCGUCACCAAUGAGUGAUGAUGACGAGGAGGAUACGAAUAAGAAUACGUUGAAACAUUUGAACUCGAUGGAAGCGUUGGCGGAUUACGCUUCGUUGGUCAGAGAGUUGAGAGAAGAGUACGAGGACGCCGUGGCGGUGAUUGCGUUUGGUGGGUCUUAUGGCGGCAUGUUAGCGUCGUGGAUGAGGAUGAAGUACCCGCACGUAGUGGACGGGGCGAUUGCAGCAUCAGCGCCUAUUUAUGCGUUCGACGGGGAAGAUCCGCCGGUAGAUCCGAACGCGUUCGCCAGAGGGUCGACGUAUACCGCCAUGGUGAGCGGACACGGCGCGGAGUGUCCAAAGAGAAUACAAGACGCGUUUACUUUGUUGAUAGACUCUGGAGAUGAAAGCGAUAAGAUAUAUUUGGACGUUUUAAAACACACGUUUAGAGCGUGCGACGAUAUCGAGUCGCCGUACGAAGUCGCCGAGUGGGCGCAAUCGGCGUUGGAUUACAUCGCGAUGGGUGAUUACCCAGUCGAGAGUGGGUACAUGUUAUCAGGGAAAGGAACGUUGCCCGCGUGGCCGAUGAAAGUGGUGUGCAACGAGAUGAUGGUCGACGAUCCGAACGCGUCAAACUCGACUUCGUUAGCGCUGUUAGAAAACCUGAGAGAGGCGGUCAGCAUCUACUACAACGCCACGAAAACCGAGCAGUGCUUUACAAUCGGCGACCCGUCACCGAACGACGACACCAAAGCCACCGAAGAUCUCUGGGGAUAUCAGUACUGCUCGGAGAUGUUCAUGCCAAUGGAAACGACCGGCGGAGAAAACGACAUGUACUGGCUCUCUUCUUGGAACGAAACCAACGAGUUUCGCUACUGUCGCGACGCGUACGACGUCCAACCGAGACCGUAUUUCGCCCAAGAAACUUACGGCGGUCGCAAAAUGGUCGAGAACUUUGCCUCAAACAUUGUCUUUUCAAACGGUAUGUUAGACCCGUGGCACUUACUGGGCGUCUUGGAAACGUCCAAUCCGCGCGUCGUUUUAGUGAAAAUCGACGAAGGCGCGCAUCACAACGAUUUGAUGUUUUCGAGCAAAAACGACCCGACGAGCGUGAAACGAGCGCGUUUGUUAGAAGUCAAAGAGAUUCAAAGGUGGGUAGACGAAGCUCGCGCGAUGAAAAAAGAGCGAUUUCAGGCGGCGUUUGUUUCGGUCGCCAAAUAG